UUUUUGUGUAACACAAGAUCUAGCACUAUAACAAAAUAGAAUUAUACAUGUACAUAUUUCAUUAUUAUAGAUGAACCUUGCUUCACAGUCUGUACUAGAAGGACUCAAUGCAGUCCUGGACCACAGAGGAGAAUUGUAUAUUCCUGAGCUUUCAAAGACAUUCCAUGUUCCUUGUUGCACUCGUCUCUUUGCCUGUCAGAACCCAGUCACUCAGGGUGGAGGGAGGAAGGGACUUCCACUGUCCUUUGUUAAUCGCUUCACUCAGGUUUAUUUGGAGCCAAUGUCCAAUAGUGAUCUAGUUUUCAUCACUUGUUCAAUUUAUCCUGAUAUGGAUAAAGAGACUGUACAAAGAAUGGUCCAAUUCAACAAUAAGGUGCACGAGUAUUGUGGGUCCAGCUCAUUGUGGGAGUUUAAUUUACGCGACAUACUAAGAUGGAGUGAAGUCAUUAAUAAGAGACAACCAAUUCAUUCUUCACCUUCUGAGUCUAUGAGACUAUUGUAUACUUACCGUCUGAGGAAUAGGGAAAUGAGAAAUAAAGUUAAAGGCUUGUAUGUGGAGUGUUUUAAUGAAGAGAGUGUAGCACCAGGUGGACUAUUACAUUUAUCAGAUGAUGUUCUACAAAUUGGAGGUACAAUAGCUAAAAGAGGUUACUAUCGUUACGAUGAUAUUUCUGAGCAUUUGAAGAUACUCCCAUCUCAAACCCACCUACUGGACCUCCUGCUUAGGAACACUACAAUGAACUGGAUGACAAUACUG